UGUCACAUGCUAGAAGACGCUUUCCGAGUAGAUUAUAAUUUUUAUCGCUUUCACUCACAGCACGUUGGUUUCGUCAAAAUUUGCAGUCUCCACCAAAUAUGCCGGAUUACCAAGCAGAAAAAGACAACGCGAAGCGGUUUUUGGCCGAAUUCUACGUCGAUGGAGAUGGUGGAAAGAUCUUUAAGUAUGGAGAACAACUGGUUAAAAUUGCCCACCGUGAACAAGUAGAGCUCUUAAUUGAACUUGAUGACAUCGCUGAGAUUGAUCCAGAGUUAGCAGAAAACAUAGUGGAGAACGCUCGACGUUACAAACAGCUAUUUGAAGAUGCUGUGUUUGAAAUGUUACCAGACUACAAGGAGAGAGAGGUUCAAGUAAAGGAUGCAUUAGAUGUUUACAUUGAACAUCGCCUUCUCCUGGAACAACGAAACAGAAAUGAUACAGAAACAAGAGAUCCCAGGAACAAAUACCCACCAGAACUUCUUAGAAGAUAUGAGGUGUAUUUUAAGCAUCUAAGCCGUCAAAGGGCCAGUGCUGUGCGUGAAGUGAAGGCUAACAACAUCGGUAAACUUGUUGUGGUGCGUGGGAUUGUUACAAGAUGUACAGAGGUGAAGCCAGUAGUGGAAGUAGCGACAUACACGUGUGAUCAGUGUGGCGCAGAAUCAUAUCAACCAAUUUCAUCACAGACUUUUAUGCCAUUGCUGAUGUGCCCAAGUGAAGAAUGCAAAGUGAACAAGGCUGGUGGUCGUCUGUACCUUCAAACGAGAGGAUCUAAGUUCGUCAAAUUCCAGGAGCUAAAAAUUCAGGAACACAGUGAUCAAGUACCUGUUGGAAAUAUACCAAGGUCCAUGACAGUUAUUGCUAAAGGUGAAACAACAAGGCUUGCAGUGCCAGGCGAUCACGUUGCUGCCACAGGAGUGUUUCUUCCCAUGAUGAAAACUGGCUUCAGACAGCUUACACAAGGGCUACUGUCAGAGACAUUUUUGGAAGCUCAUAGAAUUGUCAAAAUGAACAAGACAGAGGAUGAUGAGCUGGGUGAUGAAGAGCUAAGUGAUGAAGAAAUCAGGGCUUUGUCUGAAGAAGCGGACUUUUACGACAAGUUGGCAUCAUCUCUAGCACCUGAGAUUUAUGGCCAUGAAGACAUUAAGAAGGCGCUGCUGUUGCUGUUGGUUGGUGGAGUGGACUGCACCCCUCAGGGAAUGAAAAUAAGAGGAAAUAUCAAUAUAUUGUUGAUGGGUGACCCUGGUGUAGCAAAGAGUCAAAUGCUUGCUUACAUUGACAGGCUUGCACCUCGAAGUCAGUACACCACAGGCCGUGGUAGCUCAGGUGUUGGUCUCACGGCAGCGGUUAUGAAGGAUCCUCUGACAGGAGAAAUGAUUCUUGAGGGAGGAGCACUGGUGUUAGCAGACAAAGGUGUUUGCUGCAUCGAUGAGUUUGACAAGAUGAUGGAUGCUGACAGAACCUCAAUUCAUGAAGUUAUGGAACAACAGACAGUCUCCAUUGCUAAGGCUGGAAUCAUGACGACCUUGAAUGCUCGAGUAUCCAUCUUGGCAGCUGCCAAUCCUGCAUAUGGACGUUAUAACCCAAAGAAAUCUGCAGAGCAAAACAUUCAGCUUCCAGCGGCACUGUUGUCAAGAUUUGAUGUACUUUGGCUGAUCCAGGACAAACCAGACAGGGACAAUGACCUAAGGUUAGCACAACACAUCACUUAUGUUCAUCAGCACAGCUCCCAUCCUCCGAUGCAGUUCACAUCUUUGGAUAUGAACCUUAUGAGGUAUGAAAAAACUGAUAACAAUACCUACAUGUGCAAUGUAGCCAACNGGAGGUUAGUACAUGCUGCUCGUCUCCGUUUGGCAGAUGUUGUAGAGAAAGAAGAUGUGAACGAAGCCAUGAGACUCAUGGAAAUGUCAAAGGCUUCCCUAGUUGAUGACGAGGGUGCCACUAGGACUGUGAAUCCAGUUGAUGCAAUUUAUGGCAUUAUCAAAGAAAUGGCUGGGGAAGCAAGUAGCGUGAAAAAUUGUUGUAUGGUAUUAACUGUAUCUUCUGUUUUGCUCGAACAGGCUCGUCUCCGUUUGGCUGAUGUCGUAGAGAAAGAAGAUGUGAAUGAAGCCAUGAGACUCAUGGAGAUGUCAAAGGCUUCCCUAGUUGAUGACGAGGGUGCCACUAGGACUGUGAAUCCAGUUGAUGCAAUUUAUGGUAUUAUCAAAGAAAUGGCUGGGGAAGCAAGUAGCGUGAAACUUCAAGAAGCCCAGCAGCGCUGUUUGACAAAGGGUUUUACUCCAGAUCAGUUUGAUGCAUGUCUUGGAGAGUAUGAAGACCUGAACGUGUGGCAAAUCAAUUCCAACAAGACAAGAAUUACUUUUGUGCAGUGAUAAAGUGAGAACAAUCGGAAAAGUUGGAUCAAGUAUCUGGGGGCAAAGAGUACAUGUAGUUUGAUGACGUCUUUUCAGUUGGGUAUUAAGAAAGAUCGAGUAUUAAGAAAUUUGCGGCCGCGAAGCACACGCCUUACUCAUUAUUGUACCCACUUUAUUUUAUGUUCUCAUUGUAUCGAACACUUUAAUUUUCACCCAUCAAUCAGAUUAAAGUAUUUUUGUCACCUGUAAAUAUUCUUUUGCUUAAUAUUUGUAAUGCUACUUGCCUUUUUCCGUUGAAAAAAUUACCUGGUAGAAUAAACGUACAUUAAAGAAGUAAUUUUGUUCUA